AGGUGGUACCUAGACUCUGGCGCUAGCAACCACAUGACCGGCUCCAAGGAGGCCUUCUCAGAGCUUGAUGACGGCGUGACGGGGACAGUGAAGUUCGGCGACGGCUCGAAGGUGGAAAUUCAAGGUCGCGGCACUGUCAUCUUCCGGUGCCAGAACAGCGAGCACCGCGCAUUGACGGAUGACCGAGAACAACGGCUGAUGGCUAAGGUCCAGCAUUCCCGGAACCGCCUCUACCUCCUCGACUUGAAAGUGGAGCAACCGGUGUGCUUGGCAGUACGGCACACUGAGGAGCCAUGGCUAUGGCAUGCUCGGUUCUGCCAUUUGAGCUUCGACGCACUCGAUCGGCUGAGGAAGAUGGUGCGCGGGCUCCCGCCAAUCGAGCACGCAGGCGAGCUGUGCGAUAGCUGCCUGGCAGGGAAGCAGAGGCGGCUGCCUUAUCCAAAGGCGGCCAAGUAUCGUGCGGCGAACGUCCUCGAGCUCGUCCACGGCGACCUUUGCGGGCCGAUCACGCCGGCUACGCAUGGCGGACGACGCUACUUCCUGUUGCUCGUGGACGACUGUAGCCGUUUCAUGUGGCUGCAGCUCCUGACGAGUAAUGAUCAGGCGGCGGAGGCAAUCAAGCGAUUCCAGGCGCGGGCUGAGGCAGAGUCCGGAAAGCGGCUGCGCGUGCUGAGGACGGAUCGGGGUGGCGAGUUCACAUCGGUGGAAUUCGCCGCGUAUUGUGCAAACCAGGGGGUAAUGCGCCAUCACACUGCGCCGUACUCACCACAACAAAACGGCGUAGUGGAUAGGCGGAAUCAGACCGUGGCCUAUCGGCUCUAUGAUCCACGUGGAGGCAAGGUGGUGGUCUCGCGGGAUGUGGUGUUCGACGAAAUGGCGGCCUGGGAUUGGGAGAAUCCAGGCACGGGGGAAGCCCGUGGCGUCGGCGGUACGUUUGUCAUCGAGCAUUUGCUGAUCCACGGAGGAGGAGAUGCGGGAUCAGAGGAGCCAGCUGCGGACGCACCAAGUCCAGCAACUGUGGUUGCGUCAGUUGAGCCGCAAAGUCCGGCCAUGGGCACAGGCGAAGAGUCUCCACCAGCAGCUGCGCACACGCCCCCACCACAGUCCCCUGCUGCGGCAGGACAGGGGACACCUCCAGUGACGACAGUUGAGUUCACCUCUCCUCCAAGCGACAUCGACGAGUAUGUGGAUGCCUUCCACGACGGUGAGGAGGUGAGGUUUCGCAGGAUGGACAACCUCGUUGGCAACUCGAUUGUACCAGGAUUGGCAAGUCGAUUACUCGACGAUCAGGAGCUUCUCUUCGUCAGCGCAGAGGAGCCAUCGACUUUCGCGCAGGCCGAGCGCGAUGUCAGUUGGAGACGAGCUAUGCUAGAGGAGAUGAAGGCGAUCGAGGAAAAUGAGACAUGGGAGCUCAUCGAUCCACCUCCAGGCUGUCAUCCAAUCGGGCUCAAAUGGGUCUACAAGGUCAAGCGGGACGAGAGUGGCUCCAUAGUCAAGCAUAAGGCGCGCCUCGUUGCUCGCGGUUUCGUCCAGCGUGAGGGCAUCGACUUUGAGGAAGUUUUUGCACUACAAGAGUCGGGCUUCGCCGUUAAGGGAGAGGAGCACAAGGUGUUGCGGCUGCGGAAGGCACUCUAUGGGCUGCGUCAAGCCCCACGAGCGUGGAACGCCAAACUCGAUGCCACCCUGGCUACGCUUGGGUUCACGCGCUGCGCGACAGAACAUGCGCUCUACACGCGAUGA